CGUAGAAGGAUGCGUUUAAAAUUAAAAUUUCUGCUGUGUCUGCUAUGCGUGGCUCUGGAAGCAUUAGUUUCACUAAAUGAUGAGGACAGUGUCCCUAUCCCAAAAAACAAGGAUGAUGACUUCGAAAGAGCGCGUGGGAUUUACCAAGGGAGAUAUGAAAUAAUGGAUGGUCCCCAGAUGAAUGUGGACGACCAUCUUAAUCUCCACGGCCGAGCUCGGCCAUGAAGCAGGUGCAGGACCAGAAAAUCUAGUACUUGCGCGUUGUAACAAGAAGUAGUGAGUCACAGCUGCUAGUACGACCUGAAUUUCCUCCUCGACAAGCAAGGCUGUUCUUGCAUCGACUAGCAGAAGGUUCACACAGCCCGCGCUUGCUAUCGACAACGGACUCUGACAGAAUCAGUAUCUGUUGUGCUUUCCACAACAAAGUACCAACACAAGUAGCAGAAACAAGAUGAAAGCACCUGCACCGCCUUCUUCGACUACCAUGGCGCCAACAUCGACUACCAACGGCUCUUCUUCGGAGGACGUAGAGGGAGCGGCCGUUUUCGAGAUUGUAGAACGGAUACAAUGCGCCGAAAGUGCUAUCUUCAAUUCGAUGGAAACCUUGAAAAACAGCAACGCUGAAAGCACGUGCUCACCAGUAUGUUUUUGUUAUGGAGAGGAUGCCGUUUCUUGAACGACCGACUAACAGGAUCACGAAGUAGUAGUAGUAGAAUAUUAGACUUCAUGGGCUGUAGGUAGUCUACCUACAGCUUCACGGCUCGCGAGUAUUUCCGAACAGCUUGCUGGGUUCAUGGGUUUGGGGUUUGUUUGUUUCUGUGUCGGAGGUUUUGGGUUUUGGGUUUGGAGGUUUUGGGUUUGGGUGUUUUGGGUUUGGGUGUUGGAGGUUGAGGUUUCCGAAGGGAUGUGUUUGCAAAGUUUUAUUGCUCUUGGUUCCCACCCUUCCUUCAUACUUCGGCUCGCGAGUAUUUCCGAACAGCUUGCUGCAUGACCCAUCUUUGCCUAGAGAAGUGGACCGGUUGCAAGGACAAAAUAAGGCGCUCCGUUCAUUGGGCCUUGAUAUUGGAAUCAAUGGUCAUGGCGGUUGUUGGGUAUUUUGUAAAACUUCAACUUAUUCACUUAAAACUUCAACUUUGUUGUGGUAUAAGGUCGUAGUUCUAGAAAAGGCAUUUCAUCUACGCUUACGUCGACAACCACUUUGUUCACUUUCUCAUCAUUCAAAAAACAUACAGGAUUCUCUGCAGUGUCCAAGGGGAUGAAAUGACCCCAGCAGUGAAGACUAGAGCCAAAAAUCUGCUGUACUACAUUCACGAAAACAGUCUUGUGUUGUUGGACCUCAUUUGCUCCGCUGCAUUGGCCCGAAUGCAAAGGACAGCUGCAGCUAAUCGUAUGAAGAAAAAAGUAGAGAAGAAGUGGCUGCCAGUGAAAAUUAAAAUGUCGUUCUUGUUGGCGUUUCCUUACCACGAGCGUUUGAAGAACGCUAGUAGUAGUACUACAAGAUGAAGAAGUCUGUAGAUCUGCUUGUCUUGUUUACAGUACAGCUAUUACAACUACAGUCUAUUCCUAUUCUUGUUUAUGAAUAUGAUAGUCAUGAUUCACCUUAUUGAAUAUUUUUACUGACAACUCGACUACGUCGCACCUUGAAUCUUUUUUUGUCCCCGGUCAUCAUUCUUUCUUCACGUACUGAGCACACCAGAAGAGCAAAUUGGAGCUGGUGAAUAUCGAAAUCCUCUUACGGUGGAAACGGUAUCGCCAGAUAAAACGCGGAGAACAUGCAACGUUUCUGAAGCAACACACCGAGAUGAUACAAAGCAGCUUGAAGGCGGUUGUACUAGAGAUGGCGUUGUUUUUUUAGAGAUGAAGAUGAUACGCCAGAUGAGCAGUUUGAAGGCUGUUUGAUCGCCAUAUUAAGUUAGUAUCUUUAUUUUCAGGUUCAACACUAGUCUACGAAACCUGUCUUCUUCACCACCCACGACCAUUCUCUUUUUUCCACAAAACCCUGCCAUACCUCACACAACAACCACUAUACCCCACCCAACGACCACAUACAGAUCCGCACCGUUUUCCAUUUGCCCUCUACUACCUCAACGAGCGCCACGACAAAGAGGAAUAAGCCGCUUGUGAACACCAUCUAUGACAUACUGAACGGCGCAAAACUUACAGUGGACCAGACGAGGUGCGGACAAAUGAGACAAAGGAUACGACUUCUGACCCGCUUUCAUCCGAUUCUUAGACCGGCACCGAUGAGAGGAGACUUAUGAUUUGAACCUGGAUCUGGGAGGACUAGUAAAAUCUUAAGCUCUUCUUUAUGACCUUGUUCUUCGGAUCGAUAAUAUCAUGUUCUUUGUACAUCUUUAUUUUCGGGUAGUACUUCCACUUGUACUUCUUUGUUCGUGGUCCUGGUCCUGCUCCUCCUGGUCACCUACAUUGAUUUUCGCUGUAGGUGACCAGGAGGAGCUGCAGGAUAGACAGCCGGUCACCUUCUAACACGCGGAGGGGAACCAGAACCCGAGGAAGGACAGCUACAGGAUGUUUACCUUAGGAGCAACGACCAUAUUGACAAAGCACCUCCUCAAGAAGGGAUGCACGUUAUCGGCUAUGAGAUGAUGCCGCCAAUGCUGCCGAAUUUAUGAGGGAGGACUACGACUAGGAGUCGGACGUAAGUAGUGAAUUAGAAUUUGACAUGAAGUAGAUGGGACUCAUCCCCUUAGUCCUCUACAUAUUCUGAGUAGAGAGUACAACUAGGAAGUCUCGACUUUGGAGGCAAGAAGGAAAACUGGUAGAUGGAUAAUGAAUCAUGAUGUCGUAUCUGUGACUUCUUCUAACACCUUUUUGUCCUAGAAUGUUGCUACUAGAAAAAAAAAAAUGCUGGUGGCAGCGUGAAUGAAUGAAUGAAUGAAUCUUCUUCUAAGCACACUCGAAAAAACUCCUUGGCUGCCUCCGUUGGAGUCCACGAUGGGAGACAAGAGUGCCAAGAGCUACACUAUCGUCCUCGAUUUAGACGAGACGCUAGUGCAUUAUACUUACGGCCGCGCUUCGGUCCUCUAAUAUAACCUUCGGAUCGUCCUAGAGUAUCCCGAUACAUAGGUUUUGGCAUUUUUUCUCAAGUUGAACUGACAAAUCUCUUCAGGAAAGAAGUGACACUUGCUUUGUCGAGCUAGUAGCGAAACAAGGAGUGUGAUAUGAUCUCGGUGAACUACUGUUUCUGCUGCACAAACCGGCGCAUUCUCAGCUGUAUUCCUGACUAAAAAUAAGAGGUUCUUCCUUAGACGAUUCUAAUAAGCAGAGGAACAACUUGCCGAAGAUGGUGCUGCUGGAGGGGGCUUCUACGACAUGCGACCUGGAUGCGUUCAGUUUCUGCAAAGAUUGCGAGAAAUCGGAUUUGAAAUCGUUAUCUUUACAUUAUGACGAUUUAUGUGUCUUUAGACCUAGUUGUACAUAGUACAACUACUUCUAGUACAACUAGUAUUAUCGUACAUCUUGUUUACAUUAGUCCAUGUACUAGUACAACUAGUACUAGAACUUCUACUAGCUCGUGACUCGCUUAGGGUUUAGGACCUCCUGCUCAUCUUGGAGCUGUACUAUUGCGAAGUCCCGGGAGUCCAUGUUCUAAGUACAGCAGCAACACAAGAUUAUGCAGAUUGGGUCUUAGAUCACAUCGAUGGGAAUGGUGUGAUACACCAUCGGCUCUAUCGGCAACAUGCGUUACCUUGGGGCCCGAUAUUUGUGAAGGAUCUGAGCAAACUGGGCCGCCCACUUGACAGAACGCUCAUAAUAGACAACGUAGCAGAAAACUUCAUGCUGCAGCCGAGUAAUUUAAGACUUUGAUGUUGUCGACGUUGAUUUUAAUUAUAGGUCUAGUAGUACGUGUACUUCCAGGUAGUACAGCUAGCUACUGUUUCAACUUGAAGAACUUUUGCUCCUCGUACUCGCACUCACUGGUCGUCAUCGUUGUAGUGUCUCAACUACAACAAGACCGUCAUGCUCUCGCAGCCGCUCUUGCUCUCGCACUCUUCGAUGGUAACUGUUAUUGUGUCUCAUGAAGAACAUUUGCAUUAUUUUUUCUUCUAAUUCCCGGAAUCAUGAUUUUUCCUUGGGUGGACGAUCCCCACGACAUGGCCUUAUUUGACCUCCAGCCUCUGCUGGAGGAGCUCAUAGUGAGUCAAAUCUCUGUCCCGGCUCUACUGCAGAAGUAUGAGUCCGCAAUACCUCACUGGGCUGGAUGGGGGGAUGCGUACGAUGAAGGAGAAGGAGAACCCGCAAGAACUGAAGGUGGGUUAGGUGGACAAGGAGGGGAGACGGGUAAUCAGACAGGAGCAGGCAUUGGAGGAGAAGGCGUACUAAGUCAACCUCAAGCUCAACAAGUUCCACAUCAGCAACAAGUUGUCCAGCAAGUUGUAGGACCACAGCAGGCUCACCAACAUCCUCAGCAGAUUCAACAGGGAGGCUCAGCACCCUCUCGCGCAGUAGAUGCCCAAAGGAGACAACAGGAGAUGCUUAGCGGUGCAGCGCCAAUUACAUUCAACGGACCUACGCCUGGCACCUUCGCCCCUUCAACGAGAACGGGUGGCGCGCGGCCGCAAGGAACGAGAAAUGCGACGUCUAGUAGCACCAGUAUUGCUGCAAAUAUAAAUAAGAUAGUUCUUGCACCACCUGCUGCUUCAAGCACGACAAGUAAUUCAAUAGCUUCACCUCGAGCUGGUGCAGCUCCGGGUGGCCCCGGUGGAGGUGUCGCACAAACACAAUUUCAGAACGGUGGCUCAUCUUCUUCGUCUGUACUAGUAACUCAGAGCAAUCAACAUGAGGGGCAUCAAAAUGUUGGAGGACAUGGACAAACUACACUGCCAUCAACGUCUAUGAUAUCGUCAACUGGAGGUCCUUCUUCUUCUGGUUCUAUCCAAGAACAACAAUACCAGACGAGGAUGUCUCCUCAACAGCAUGUCGUACAAGGUCUUCAGCAACAGCAAAUGAUAAGUAUGGGAGCUACAUCAGUACUACUAGGUCAACAACAACAACAACAACAACAACAACAACAACAACAACAGAUGACUGCAGGAGGCUACCAGCAAAGUGCUAAUAGUAUGGUAGUUAUUGCUCAAGCACACCAGUCAACACAGUCUCAACAGCAACAACAGGUUCCAGUGCAAGCCCAAGGAGCUCUUGUAAGCAAUUCUUCUUCGAUCUUGCCCUCAGCCUCGGUUGUUCAUCAGAGCCAUAACACGCUUACAAGACCUCCAACAUUCGACACAACUACAAUAACGACACGAGGAAGCUUGCUGGCGGGAAGUGCUCCGCUUGCGGGUCUUCAUAAGCCUGCCUUCGUUGCAAAAAGCUUAAAUUACCAGCCUCCCACGCUUGGCGGUUUCACCCUGCAGAAUUACAAUUAUCAGCCGCCUCAGCCAAGUCCGCAGUCACUCGUACAACAACGGUUCAACGCAGCCUUGAACUUGAGCGGACCACUGGGGCCAUCAUGACGAUGAGAAACGCAGCCUUAAACUUGAGUUUCAGCAACUGCUGCUUUUUGUUUGUACUCGUUUUUAUAGGUAUUUGCACUGAAACUGAAUACAAGUACAACUUGCUGCUUUCUGUUUUUAGCUUCUUCUUCUCCUGACAAUAAUGACUUCUGCAGAAAGAUGUUGACCUGUCUCAUCAUCCAGACCUAAAUGUACAUGAAUUUAUCGAUAACUGUUAGUGUUAAAGUUAACUCAAUGUUUAUUUGACAGAUAGUUUAUUUCUGUUGAAUGUUGAAAUCUUCUCAGGUAGCAAGCAGGCAGCAAGUGCCCAAAGCAGAGAGAUAGCUCUGUCGAUACUAAGAGACACAGAAAUGAUUUUUCACCGUCUUCAUCUGGGUUCAGAGUAGUUUUUUUCAUCCAGCUUCAAGAAUCUUCACGAUGAACAUGAAGAUCCUCGUUUUUUUAGAGGAGAAAGCUACUGAUGGAGGGACAUGAUUAACCGCGUUCUGUUAGGCCAUAACAAUUACUUAGAAGCAAGCAAGUAGGCCUCCAAGGGGACAACUAAGAUUUUUGACGAUGUUAAAAACAACAAACUGUGUUGUUGUUGUUUGAAGAAGCACC